CGGGACCCGCCGGUGCCUCAGUCUCCACCCGCGCCUGUCCGGCCCGUGUUCAACGGUUGACUAGGAAUUGUCCUGGGUGAGGGUGGUGAAGCUACUUCUCCUGUCCUGUGUGGUGGAAGGCUGCAGGAGGCAGACUACAGGCAAGGGGACCUGGCGGCCCCAGCCCCGCUGCAGGACCCAACAUGGCGCCCUUCCUGCGCAUCGCCUUCAACUCCUAUGAGCUGGGCUCCCUAGAGCCUGCAGAUGAGGCAAGCCAGCCCUUCUGUGCUGUGAAGAUGAAGGAGGCACUCAGCACAGAGCGUGGGAAGACUCUGGUGCAGAAGAAGCCCACCAUGUAUCCUGAGUGGAAGUCGACCUUCGAUGCCCACAUCUAUGAGGGCCGUGUCAUCCAGAUCGUGCUGAUGAGGGCAGCUGAGGAGCCAAUGUCCGAAGUCACAGUGGGUGUGUCUGUGCUGGCCGAGCGCUGCAAGAAGAACAACGGCAAGGCUGAAUUCUGGCUGGACUUGCAACCCCAGGCCAAGGUGUUGAUGUCUGUGCAGUAUUUCCUGGAAGACAUAGAUUGCAAGCAGUCAAUUCGGGGUGAAGACGAGGCCAAGUUCCCAACAAUGAUCCGCCGAGGAGCCAUCAAACAGGCUAAAAUCCACUACAUCAAGAACCAUGAGUUUAUCGCCACCUUCUUUGGGCAGCCCACCUUCUGUUCUGUCUGCAAAGAUUUUGUUUGGGGUCUCAACAAGCAAGGCUACAAAUGCAGGCAAUGCAACGCUGCCAUCCAUAAGAAAUGCAUCGACAAGAUCAUCGGCCGGUGCACUGGCACAGCGACCAACAGCCGGGACACCAUAUUCCAGAAAGAACGCUUCAACAUCGACAUGCCGCACCGCUUCAAGGUUUACAACUACAUGAGCCCCACCUUCUGUGACCACUGUGGCAGCCUGCUCUGGGGGCUGGUGAAGCAGGGAUUAAAGUGUGAAGACUGCGGCAUGAAUGUGCAUCACAAGUGCCAGAAGAAGGUGGCCAACCUCUGCGGCAUCAACCAGAAGCUCUUGGCUGAGGCAUUGAACCAAGUCACCCAGAGAUCCUCCCGAAAGGAAUCAGAGUCAGAGCCUGUUGGAAUCUACCAGAACUUCGAGAAGAAACCAGGAAUCUCUGGAGAUGAUGGCCCAGACAGUGCAACCUACGGCAAGAUCUGGGAGGGCAGCACCAAGUGUACCAUCGACAACUUCAUCUUCCACAAGGUCCUGGGCAAAGGCAGCUUCGGAAAGGUGCUACUGGCGGAGCUCAAGAACAAAAAGGAGUUCUUUGCUGUCAAGGCCCUCAAGAAGGAUGUGGUUCUGAUCGAUGACGAUGUGGAAUGCACCAUGGUGGAGAAGCGGGUGCUGGCGCUCGCCUGGGAGAAUCCCUUUCUCACCCACCUCUACUGCACUUUCCAGACCAAGGAACAUCUGUUCUUCGUGAUGGAGUUUCUCAAUGGAGGGGACCUGAUGUUCCACAUCCAGGACAAAGGCCGCUUCGAGUUGUACCGUGCCACGUUUUAUGCAGCCGAAAUAAUCUGUGGACUACAGUUCCUACACAGCAAAGGAAUCAUUUACAGGGAUCUAAAGCUGGACAAUGUCAUGCUGGACCGGAACGGUCACAUCAAGAUCGCUGACUUUGGGAUGUGCAAAGAGAACAUAUUUGGGGAUAAGCAGGCCAGCACCUUUUGCGGCACCCCUGACUACAUAGCCCCUGAGAUCCUGCAGGGUCUGAAGUACUCGUUCUCCGUGGACUGGUGGUCCUUUGGAGUCCUUCUCUACGAGAUGCUCAUUGGCCAGUCCCCCUUCCAUGGGGAUGAUGAGGACGAACUCUUCGAGUCCAUCCGUGUGGACACACCACAUUAUCCCCGCUGGAUCACCAAGGAAUCCAAGGACAUUCUAGAGAAGCUGCUUGAAAGGGAUCCAACCAAGAGGCUGGGAGUGACAGGCAGAAUCAAGUCUCACUCCUUCUUCAAGACCAUUAACUGGACUCUGCUGGAGAAAUGUGCAUUGGAGCCGCCCUUCAAACCCAAAGUGAAGUCCCCUGGAGACUAUAGCAACUUCGACCAGGACUUCCUGAAUGAGAAGCCACGCCUUUCCUACAGCGACAAGAACCUCAUUGACUCCAUGGACCAAACAGCAUUUACUGGCUUCUCCUUUGUGAACCCCAAUUUUGAGGGGCUCCUGGAAAAGUGAGGUAGCCAGACAUGCCCUCCAACCUACGCUAACCAGAGAGCCUGGGCCAGCCAGCAUGGACAUGACCUGCCCACCUACCUGGGGCAGAGCAGGCUGGGCGCCCCCUUCAUUGAUACCUGCCCACCCUCAAUGAUAAGCAACUGAGUGACUAUAGUGAUUUCUGCUGCUGCCCCUCCCUUACCCCCCAGAGGACUCUCGGCUCUUGUCUGGUUGGGCUUUUAUGGUACUUCCUCUGUGAACUGUGUGUGAAUUUCCUUUUCCUCUGUUCUCAGAGAGAAAUUGUAAAUCCUGUGUUUCAUUACUUGAAUGUAGUUAUCUAUUGAAAAAAAUAUAUGUAUAUAUAUAUGUGCAUGUAUAUAUAUAUACACAUAUACUAUAGGCUGUAUAUAUUACUCAGAAAAAAAUGAGAAAACUGGUGAAUUGUUGAUCUUUUAAAAAAAU